AACAGCCGUGCGUUUGGAGCUUAAGGUUCAGACGCGUUACACAGCGUCUCUUUACCAAACACAACACGACAAGUGAGAAGAGUCACUCGGAUUACUGUCAGCAGGGCUGAAGCACAAAAGAAAUGCGCUGAUGGUUCUUCUCUGUUAAUGCACAAGCCAAAACAUUGCAUUUUCACCUUUUAAAAGCAGCAAUCGUUUCGGAAGGGGCCGCACCUUCAGCAACAUCAUCCAGCCAUCAUGCAGGAGUGAGGAGAAACUGAAAGGUCCUGCUGAUGAAGCUUAUCUGAAGAUCUACAUGAUCUUCUGGACGUGAAGCUCCACAAAAGUUGCAGAGCAGAAGAGGUCAAGAGAGACUGGAAGAAAAGUAAAAAGUCAAAGAAGGAAGGAGGGGCUGGUUGGAUUGACUGAGGGGGAAAACCGAAGGGCUGGAUGCAAACCUCUAUUCUUUCGAGAAGUUCCCAGGUUCCUCAGAGAUGGCCUCCAACUUCAAUGACAUUGUCAAGCAGGGCUAUGUCCGCAUGCGGAGCAGAAAACUGGGGAUCUACAGGCGCUGCUGGCUGGUAUUUAAGAAGUCGUCCAGUAAAGGCCCUCGCCGACUUGAGAAAUACCCAGAUGAGAAGUCUGCCUACCUCAGAGCGUGUCCUAAGGUGACAGAAAUUAGCAAUGUGAAGAACGUGACGCGAUUGCCUCGCGACACCAAGCGGCAAGCAGUGGCCAUCGUCUUCACAGACGACACUUCUCGAACCUUCACCUGUGAUUCAGAGCUGGAGGCUGAAGAGUGGUUUAAAACCUUGUCUAUUGAGUGCCUGGGGACGCGUUUGAAUGACAUCAGCCUUGGAGAACCAGACCUUCUGGCCGCUGGAGUUCAGUGUGAACACACAGAGCGCUUUAACGUGUUCCUGCUACCCUGUCCUAAUCUUGACAUCUACGGGGAAUGUAUGAUGCAGAUCACACAUGAAAACAUCUACCUUUGGGAUAUUCACAACCCUCGUACCAAGCUUGUAACCUGGCCACUUUGCUCGUUGCGACGCUACGGCCGGGAUGCUACACGGUUCACUUUUGAGGCUGGCAGGAUGUGUGACAGUGGCGAGGGCCUGUAUACUUUCCAGACAAGAGAAGGAGAGCAGAUCUACCAAAGGGUUCAUUCUUCCACUCUAGCUAUAGCUGAGCAGCACAAGAGAGUCCUCAUGGAAAUGGAAAAAAACAGCAAACUCCUGUCUAAGGGUUCAGAAGGAACGUCGUAUCCCUGCACCCCCACGUCAAUUUUACCGCGAAGUGCUUUCUGGCACCACAUCACCGGAUCACAGGCAGGGGUGGAUUCUGCCAACGGUGACAUAUAUGGCGAUAGUCAAUCCGGAGUGGACGCUGACCUCUUCUCCAAACGUCUUCCUCCAGAACGACACUCGACUCUUCCCGUGAGCCACAACUGCACCCAGCCGUCAACGCACUACCCCAGUUACCCCACCGAGUGAGCAGCUUCACUUAGAAACGCACCAGUUUUUAACUCUAGACCUCCCUCCACACUGCACUUUGCCCUAUGUUUUUCCAUCAGCUCUUUUUCACCUGGGCCAGGGGUCUGCCUCAGCCAUCCCUGAGCCCGCCUGUGAUUCUGAGGGCACGGAAAGAGGGAACGCUCCCAGCACUUCAAAUGAAGCGAGGCCCACAGACCUUUAAAGCAUACAUGAGAGAUCAGUAAAAGUAUAAGUUUGUUGGAUCUGACUCUGUAGCGUUCCCAGCGCAAUAUGGUCACCUUUGCUGGGUUUAUGUGGGAGUAGACUAUGUAGGUUUUGAAUACCUAUCUCUUCAUGCACGUUCUUCAACCCUAUGCAUGUCCCCUGAGGUAAACAGUUUAGAUAUGAAAGAGUUUUGUAGACGCCUAUCAAGUCCCCUCGGUGCGGUCUUCAUUCUAGGCCGUUUCAGAAAUGACACAGACCCGGCUGAGGGGCGUUCUAGUUCAACCAGUUUGAGCUUGAACACUUUUGAUCUUCAAUAUGAGAUCUGUUUCAAUCAGAAGCUUUAGCCAUAAUCUAAUGGACAUGUCUGCAAGACCCACCCAAGUCACAGGACUCUGUAAAGGUAAAGGUUUGUGAAAGUGCCAUUUCAUAUAUUCAUCAGUUAUUUUCUCCUUCUGCUUUAUUUAAAAUGACUGGUUAUGACAUACAACUGUCUUUGGAGACUGUGUUAUGUAAUGAAGAACGUCAUCCGGACGAUAGGAACAGCUGAAUCCUCUCCCUGCUAAAAUCAUCCAUAUGCUUUGUGUUGUUGUUUACCUUUUUAGAAAGAGGCACCGUUUUAUCUUGAAGAUAUCUUAAGGGUCAUAUGGUCAACAUGUAUACCUGCUGAGGGGGAAACAAAAAUGACAGAUAUAUUCAGCUGGGGUGGCUGUGACAUAGCUUAUGAACUAUUUAUUUAUUUAUUUAUUAAAAUUUACCAACAAAGCACAAGACACAUUGCCAUGUAUAGUGGUAGAUCUUCUUUUAGCAGCUCGGCAGUUGUAUAUUUAAAAGGGUUUUUACCAGCUCUGUACAAAAUGAGGAAAAUAUCUCAAAUAAGGUGGUAGGCCUCACACAAUAAAUGUUUCUUCAUGCUUUUCAUGCUUGUCUGCUAUUUUCUGAGGUGGUAAUUUCCAUGAAAUUAAGUCUUAUCACCGAGGUUUACCUUUGUUAUUUCUCUUCAGACGUCUGUAUACGUGACUAAACCAUUUGUUUAAGCUUCUCAGCUUAACUGUUCUAGUUUCUGUCAUGCUGUAGCUGUCUCGAUAUAUUGCAGCUGUGGCCUAGUGGUUAUAGCGGAGUUGCUUGUGGGCAACUGAAGUUUGAGUUUGGCUUUUUUCUCAAUCUUGCUUCAUCUGGUUAAAAGACCAUCUUAAAUUGUAAUGCUGGUCAGACUGGUUUAUAUAUGGAGUACAGCUGGUGGAUCAGCAAAACAACUUUUCAAGUUGACGACCAGCAUUGUCUUUCUGGUAAAGCUGGUUAGCCAAAAUAGUUUUGUGUUUAGACUUAGAGGACAUCAGCACACCAACGUCCAAAACAGGCCCUUCAUUCCCUGUUGUCUCUCCACUCUUCAUAUAAAUAAAAGUGAAAUUAAAAGACAGCCCAGUAUGCACCUUAAAACAGCAAAUGCGUGGUCUGUGUGAUUGACUUGGUUCAAGAUCUUUUCCCGCACAGAAUUAGUUUGAGCUACAAUCCUGGGGGCGUGACUAUGCUUAAUAUCUUUACAGGUCCAGAAGAGGAACCGUGUUUACAGUCAUUCUGGUGUUUGUUAAUUCAUGUCCUGUAUGUAAAAUGAAAAAGGGCUUCAUCUUAUUGAUAAUGUUGAUAAGCUGUUCAUUUUAUUGAGGGGGCCUGAAUGAUUGGAUUAGAUUCAACUUUAUUGUCAUUACACAUGUACAAGGCAACGAAAUGCAGUUUAGCAUCUAACCAGACGUGCGAAGAGCAGCAAGUGCUUUAUAUACAGUAAGUGUAGAUAAUCUAAUGUACAGAUAAGGGCGUAUGUACAGCAGUACUAUGGAGAUAAUUACAGUUGGGUAUAUACAGUAUUAUCAACAUGAUAUACAGAUGUAUGUGCUAUGGACAAGAUAUACAGAGUACUGUGGAUUAUGUAUAGAUAAUACAAUAUCUACAUAUAAGGACAGAUGUACAUAUAGGAGCAGUUUUAUGGGGAUAAUUACAGGUGGAUAUAUACAGUAUUAUCAACAUGAUCUACAAAUGUGUGUGCUAUAUGGACAUAAUGUCCUGAGUAAUAUGGACAAUAUACAUGUGUGCUAUGAACCUAUAUACAGGAGAUUAAGUGCCAUGUGCAUACAAUACAGAUGGGUCAUGCAAAUGAUGUAUAGGCUGAGGCUAAGAACAAUUAUAUACAGUAUGUGAAUGUGUACUACCCCUCUGAGAACAAGCCCCCGCUAUAGGGCUUUCAACUGGAAAAAACACGUACUGUACAUUGUAGGCUGUAACAACCACCACACACUGCUUUUCACUGACAGACUGGAUGAACAAAGUCAUUUUGUUUUUGAAGAAGAAUCACUGCAGAAUUGCUGUUUUAAAAAAGGUCCCUAUAAUGCAGUUUGCAUAGCAGCUUUCUUGACACGUUCUGAUUCACACACAACAUAUACAAAUAGGAUUUAUAUAGGCUCACACUGUAGUAUGUACAGUAGUCUUCAACUAUACACAUAAAACCAUGCAGUACAUGCCAAAAUUAUGUUUUAUACUUUUUUACCAGACAUUUUCCCGUAAGGAGACUAAACAAUUACAUAAGCUCAUCAAAUUGAUGUAAUGAUUCCAACAUGAUUUAUUUAUUUAUGGAUCAAGAGCCAGCAGGUCCCUGAAGAUGUUCUGGUCCUAAAUGCAUCAUUAGCUGACAUCAGUAACUCAGACCAAAUGUACUGGUACGGUAAGUACCAAGAUGACUUAUGUCCAGCACUGGUUCAAAGGUUAACACUGACAUCUGUCCAUGACACAGUGAUUUCAUGAGUGAUUCAGCUAACAAAGACCCUAAAAUCCCUAAAAUCAAGAUUGGAAAUGUGCUGAAGCUUUGUUUGCUUUAUACUGAACCACGCUGUAAGGAUAAAGUUAUUUAAUGGAGGCCCUGCCAGUUCUGUG